GCGGGAGCCGCGGGGAGCGCGGGGGCGGCCCGGAGCGCCCGGGGUCCCCGCGCCCCGCUCGCCCGCCGCGCUCCGAAGAUGGUGGCGGCGCCGUGCGCCCGGAGGCUGGCCCGGCGCUCGCACUCGGCGCUGCUCGCGGCGCUCACCGUGCUGCUGCUGCAGACGCUGGUCGUGUGGAAUUUCAGCAGCCUCGACUCCGGGGCCGGGGAGCGCCGCGGGGGCGCAGCGGCCGGCGGCGCGGAGCAACCGCCCCCGGCCCCGGCCCCGCGCCGGGAGCGCCGGGACCUGCCAGCCGGGCCGGCUGCAGCCCGAGGCGGCGGCGGAGGACGGGGGGCCCCGGCGCGGGCGCGGGGAGGCGGCCCCGGAGAACCCCGAGCGCAGCAACCGGCCAGCCGGGGGGCACUGCCCGCGCGGGCGCUGGACCCUCAUCCAAGUCCCCCGAUCACCCUGGAGACCCAGGAUGGCUACUUUUCUCACCGGCCGAAAGAGAAAGUGCGAACGGACAGCAACAAUGAGAACUCAGUCCCCAAAGACUUUGAGAAUGUGGACAACAGCAACUUUGCACCCAGGACUCAAAAGCAAAAGCACCAGCCUGAGUUGGCAAAGAAGGCCCCGAGUAGACAGAAAGAGCUUUUGAAAAGGAGGCUGGAGCAGGAGGAGAAGGGGAAGGGACAUUCGUUCGCAGGCAAAGGCACCACCGAGGCGCUGCCUCCCAGGGAGAAAGCUGCAGUGAACAGUAGCCGUGGGAAGGAUGCCCCAAGACAGCCCCAUACCAGGAAAAGCGGGGGCGGCUCCCCCGAGCUCAAGUACGACCAGCCCCCCAAGUGCGACAUCUCAGGCAAAGAGGCCAUCUCCGCCCUGUCCCGCUCCAAGUCCAAACACUGCCGCCAGGAGAUCGGGGAGACCUACUGUCGCCACAAGCUCGGACUGCUGAUGCCCAAGAAGGUGACUCGAUUCUGCCCCCUGGAAGGCAAAGCCAACAAGAACGUGCAGUGGGAUGAGGAUUCGGUGGAAUAUAUGCUGGCCAACCCAGUCCGAAUCGCCUUCGUCCUGGUGGUCCACGGCCGUGCCUCUCGGCAGCUGCAGCGCAUGUUCAAGGCCAUUUAUCACAAAGACCACUUCUACUACAUCCACGUGGACAAGCGCUCCAAUUACCUGCAUCGGCAAGUGCUACAGUUCGCCAGACAGUAUGGCAACGUUCGCGUCACCCCCUGGAGGAUGGCCACCAUCUGGGGGGGAGCCAGCCUCCUGUCCACGUACCUGCAGAGCAUGAGGGACCUCCUAGAGAUGACUGACUGGCCCUGGGACUUCUUCAUCAACCUCAGCGCUGCUGACUACCCCAUCAGGACAAAUGACCAGCUGGUGGCAUUUCUCUCCCGAUACCGAGAUAUGAAUUUCCUGAAGUCACACGGCCGGGACAAUGCAAGGUUCAUCCGAAAGCAGGGUCUGGACCGGCUCUUCCUGGAGUGUGAUGCCCACAUGUGGCGCCUGGGGGACCGGCGAAUCCCGGAGGGCAUUGCGGUGGAUGGAGGCUCGGAUUGGUUCCUGCUGAACCGGAAGUUUGUGGAGUAUGUGACGUUCUCCACAGAUGAUCUAGUGACCAAGAUGAAGCAGUUUUACUCCUACACCCUGCUUCCUGCUGAGUCCUUCUUCCACACGGUCCUGGAGAACAGCCCCCACUGCGACACCAUGGUGGACAACAACCUGCGCAUCACCAACUGGAACCGGAAGCUGGGCUGCAAGUGCCAGUACAAGCACAUCGUGGACUGGUGCGGCUGCUCGCCCAACGACUUCAAGCCACAGGAUUUCCACCGCUUCCAGCAGACUGCCAGGCCCACCUUCUUUGCCCGAAAAUUCGAAGCCGUGGUGAAUCAGGAAAUCAUCGGGCAGCUGGACUACUACCUGUACGGGAACUACCCUGCGGGCACCCCGGGCCUCCGCUCCUACUGGGAGAACGUGUACGACGAGCCGGACGGCACCCAAAGCCUGAGCGACGUGGCGCUCACCUUGUAUCACUCCUUUGCCCGCCAGGGCCUCCAUCGGGCGGAGUCGUCGCUGCACGUGGAGGGGGAGAAUAGCUGCCGGUACUACCCGAUGGGCCACCCGGCAUCUGUCCACCUCUACUUCCUUGCGGACCGCUUCCAGGGCUUUCUGAUCAAGCAUCACGCCACCAAUCUGGCCGUGAGCAAACUGGAGACCCUGGAGACGUGGGUGAUGCCAAAGAAGGUCUUCAAGAUCGCAAGCCCACCCAGUGACUUCGGGAGGCUCCAGUUUUCCGAGGUCGGCACUGAGUGGGAUGCCAAGGAGCGGCUCUUCCGUAACUUUGGGGGUCUCCUGGGGCCCAUGGACGAGCCAGUAGGCAUGCAGAAAUGGGGGAAAGGCCCCAACGUCACCGUGACUGUCAUCUGGGUGGAUCCCGUCAACAUCAUCGCAGCCACCUACGACAUCCUGAUUGAAUCCACUGCCGAGUUCACCCACUACAAGCCCCCUUUGAACUUGCCCCUGAGGCCCGGGAUCUGGACAGUGAAAAUUCUUCACCACUGGGUGCCAGUUGCAGAGACCAAAUUCCUUGUUGCACCGCUGACCUUCUCAAACAGGCAGCCCAUCAAACCAGAGGAGGCGCUGAAGCUGCACAACGGGCCCCCCCGCAGCGCCUACAUGGAGCAGAGCUUCCAGAGCCUGAACCCCGUCCUCAGCCUGCCCAUCAGCCCGGCCCAGGUGGAGCAGGCGCGGAGGAACGCGGCCUCCACGGGCGCAGUGCUGGAGCACUGGCUGGACUCCCUGGUAGGUGGCAUGUGGACUGCCAUGGACGUCUGCACCACAGGCCUCAGUGCCUGCCCCGUCAUGCAGCCCUGCAGCCAGACGGCCUGGAGCUCCUUCAGCCCCGACCCCAAGUCUGAGCUGGGGGCUGUCAAACCCGAUGGCCGGCUCAGGUAG